CGCGGAGUCAGAAGAAAAAUUUUUUUGCAAUUUGCUAUUUUGCAAAAUUGGGCGUGAAAAAUAGAGGAAAAGCGUGCAAGUGCAGUGUGGGUGGGUGCAUGAGUUUGUGAGGAAAGUGCUUGGUGAGAAAAUUCCCACAGUGUGGUGGUGUUUGGGGGCUGUGGAAGAGGUCAAAGAGUGAGGUGACACACAACAGGUCCUCCUGCAAAUGGAUAAAAAGCAUGUCCGGCAGUGAGUUGUGAGAGGACCAUGGCGGAGUCACUUGUAACAGACUGGAUUGCUGACUACACGUCCCUCGAGGACCCAUCGGAGAUCCGGACAUUUGCUGCCCAGCAUGAGCAUAACCACGAAAUUGCCAGCGCCCUGUUUACCAUCCUCAAUGAGAGGCACAAAUAUUCUGACCUAUUGCAUUCAAUUUGCAAUCAAUUCUACAGCUUUUACAAAUCAAAUGAGACGGAAUUGCGGCGAUUUACAUUGCAAUUCGUACCGAUACUCAUUUACAAUUACCUGAAUGCCGUGUCGCAGGGCGACAAGAAGAGUUGCCGCAGCAUCGAGAUGCUCCUCAUUGUCAUUUACAACAUUGAGAUAAGCAAUGAGGAUGGGCAGCCGCGUGUUGUGUCAUUCCGUAUGCCAGUAUUAGCCCAGGCGUCCAUCUACCACGAGGAGAAGAGUCUCCAUGCGACGGAUUUGCGACGAUGGGAGGAGAAUUGCAAUAGGGACGUAGCGUGGGGUCCAAUGCCCGAGGUGGAGCACCUCAAUGCACAGAAUAGGCUGAAAGUCAUGACGGCGCUCAUGUUUGUCUACAAUCAGCAGUUGAGUCAGAUUCAGAAGCCCGCCCUGUAUCAUCUGUGUCGGACGGCAACGCAGCUCGUCAAUCAGGGCUUCACGCGCAUUGGGUCGGGUCACAGGGCAAACUGUGGGCCCACAGAUCCCAAUGCGGGAAUGGCCAGUAGACCCCUUCCGCGUAUUCCGGUGUCUGCGUCCUUUCUCCUCGAGCUCCUGCAGGCCGUCUAUUUUGCCAUGUUCAAUGAAUUCGCCUCCGUGGCCAUCCAAACCAUCGACGACAUUCACAAUCGAGCCUGCUACGAGAUGUUCCCGGAGACAAUUCUAGUCACAAAUGCCGUCAGAAAUUCAUUACAUGUCAAUCCAUCCGGUCAACCCAGCGAUGGUCCGAUGGGAAUUAGCGUAGCGCUGACACCAUCAACAACCACCGUGACUGUGUCCAAGAGUAUGAUAACAAAUGCUUCGUUUAGAGCAAAGAAACUUCCAGUCUGGCUGAUUCCUGACAUCUAUCGGUGUUCAUUAGGAUGGAAAAAAAUCCUUGGCAUUACUCAUUUUUUGUUAAAUCUACAUCCCGGAUGUGUCUCAAAGUAUCACUGUUCAUUAGUUUUUUUUCCUCUCAGUGUAAUCUUUAGUAGGGUGUCCAUAAUUUCUCCCAAAAAUUCACUGAAACGCAGAAUUUAUUUGAAAAUAACCGAACUAAAUUAUCGAGCGUCGGCUGAAGAAAUCGGGCAAACAGUUUUUAAUGUUUCAUCGAUAAUUUUCGCGUAGUGUUCGUUCAAUUGACGUUUGGAUUCGCUAUUUUUCGUCAAUUUAUCGAUUAUUCGACUGUCUUUACCUCUUUCAUCAGGUCUGGAAAAGCAUAAAAGAAUAAAAAAAAAAUUAAAUUGUUUUAUAAAAUUUCACCCAAAAGAAUAAAUUAAUUUUCAAAGAAUUUAUUUUAUAAUUUCUUCUCUAUUGUUCGGUUAUUUUCGUAUAUUUGCGUAUUUCACCCCUUUAUACAGAUUCUUGUUCCUUGAGAAUUAAUAAAAAAUUCCUUUACAUAAAUAAAUAUCCCCUUCAUGAUAAUUAAAAUAAUUAGCCAUUUAUGUAGUUACAUGGAUAUUAUUACAAAAUAAUAUUUUAUUACCUAAUAGAUUUAAAUCAUCUUUUUUCAGAUUAAUUUCAGAAAUUAUGUGAGAGAAUUUUCAUUCGACAUUUUAUAAUUUGUAAAUAAAUUUAAAUUUAAUAUAAAGUAACUAUUGCAUAGGAAAUCUUGUUCAUUUUAUGAGCAAUUAGUUGCAUCACGUUGACAAUAAUUAUGACGAGAAGGUAGUUACCAAACUAUUAAAUCCGAAUAUGAUACAUUUUAAUAAUAAAUGUUGUAUAGAAUUCUGCAGAAUAUUAUGGAAAUGAUGUUAUGAGUUACAGUGGUGCCUCGGAUUGUGACUGUUUUUGCUUAGCGAGUUUCUGAUAAACUGUGAAAUAAUAUUCAAAGAAUUGUUUUGAUAAUAAAAAACUGAAAUAGAAUUGAAUUAUUUCUUAAUUAUGAUUGAAAUUUAUUAAAAUAUUUAGCACAAUUUUUUUUUUAAAAACUGAGAAAAUUUUCUUCAAAUGAAUUUUUCAAACCUGUUUAAAAGAUCGAUAGAAAGUUUUGAAACUUUUAGUUGAAUUCGAUUAACCAGUUAAAGCUGAUUUAUUCUAACAAACCUGAUUAUUUUGGUUCAUUAAUAAAUGGUUCUAGCAGAAUAAUAAAAAGAAGAAAAUCCAUAAAUAAUCUAAUCUGAGGCACAACUGUAUUAAUAUUCAUAAUUAGUAUUAUUCAAUUAAUUUGUAAAUAAUAAUUGGAAAAUAAAUCAAUUUUCGAAAUUUCUUCCCCAAACCACGAUUAGUUUUAACAAAGGUUUAAAUUUUGAAUUAGUUAUGUAAUUAAUAGAAAAUUAAAUUAGAAAUAUAUAUUUUAAAAGAAAGUGUGAUUAGAAGCUCAAAUUUAUUUGUCUCAAUUCGGCAAUUUACUUAUGAUUUUUUAUUCUAAAUUCAAUUUAAUUAAUAUUAAAUUUGAAACAUUGUAUACCUACUAAAUAUACAUACAUAAACUAGAUUUCGAUACUACAGUCUUUUCUAUGAUGAUCCAUAAAUCCUCAGAAAUCCCAACAUAUCCUCCAAGGGAACUUUUUGUAAUAGUAAGUUUAAUAUUUAUUAGCAUUUUGAGUCUUCAAGUUUAAUGAAAAUUAUUAGUUUUUUCUUAUAAAAUUAAAAAAAAAAUAAGACUUUUGUUAAGAUCUUUAUUAAACAGGCCUAUUACAAAAUUUUCCCGUUUUUUACUCCCCUAAAUCUACAUAGAGAUUCUGACAUUAUUAAACUAAGGUCUUGUGUUAUUUUAAAAUAAAAAAAAUCUUUAUAGCUAGAACUUUCAUUAAUUUUCUUUUAAGAUACAUCUUAAAGAAUAUCAACAAAAAGUCCCAUUUUUUUAAAUAAAUUUUUCUUUGCAUGCAAAAAAGAGAAAACGUACCUAAUAAAAAAUAUUUUAAUAAAAAUGAAGGCAUUAGCAGAUCUAAUUUGCUUUCGAUUUUUUUUCUUUUAUUUUAAUACAAGAAUUUUUUGAGUCUAUCUAGCGACGUUUCGGUAAAUCUAUUGUCUUCUGCAGCUUCUUUUGAAAUAAUUUGAAAAUAAUUUUGAGAACGAAGAGAGAAAGUAAGUUAAUAAACAAUUUUUCUGACCAAUCUGCAAAAAAAAUCUCAACCCAUCAAAUUAAAAAAAAAAUACCAUCGAAAUCUUGAACAAAAAAAUGUAUUAAAAAAAGAAUAUAAAUGUUGUACCAAUAAAUGUGGAUAUUAAAGCAUAUUAAAUAGAUGAAAAAAAGUAAAUAAAUUCAAAAUAAUAUCAAUGUUGAUCUGUGAUUUUUGUGUUCGCAUGGCAAAUGAUUAUUCAGCAAAAAUAUUUACUCAAUUUGAAAGAUUAAACGAUUUUUGGAGAAGAAUUUCCACAGAAAACAAUUUUUCAAUCAAUUAAUUAUUCUUAUAUAAUCCAGUAAAAAAAACAUUGAGCGUAUUUUAUUUAUUUAAAAAUAUAUACCUACAUUUUAUCUUUGCUCGCAUGUAUAACUUUAUAGUUUUAUUGAAGAAAAAAUAAUCCAAAGGAAUACAAAUAGAAUGGAGAUUGAUGAAAUGAGAAAUAAAAAAAAAACACUGAGAGACAAAUUUUGAGACAGAAAAUUGAUAUUGUUGAUACUAAAAAAAAUCCGACAGUGUAUGUAAUAUUGUGUAUAUAAUAGGAAUGAUGAGAUAAAAAUAUAUAAUAAUGGUUAUAUGGUUA